AUGCUACCUCUGUCCCCAUCAACAGUAUCCUCCUCCUCCCUGGAUACAAAGGAUGCCGAGUCGGCGAAGACUAUCGGCAGUCCCGAGUCACUCUCGCCGGACGAGGCAGCGAGGGACUGUGAAUCGCACCUGCCAUUCGAAAUCCCGGGUGCUGUGGUGUUGACUGCCCCCUCAAUUUCUGUCCUUCGACAAACUGCGAACGAGGUCUGCAAUCGAAUCAACUCUGACACGUCUUACUCGAACCAGUUUAUCAUCGUGUUAAGCAUAUCCCAACCGGUGCAGGAAUUAUUGGGUGGAGAUCGAAAUCCCCUUGAGGUUCCCUACAGAUUAACUCUCGACGCACAGCGCCAGCAAGCAGUUAUUCGAAUAAUGCCCUCAGGUGCUCAUGAGCGCAUAACGCGGUUAUUUACGAGUCAACUUAUCGAGAAGUUACUCGACAUGGGAAUUCGUCCAAAAGCUUACACCUUGAACGGGGCCACCCGGUACCACGGCAAAUUAUGCGACAAAGAAGCCGACGAGUCUCUUACUCCGUCAAGGAAACCUUCUGGCGAUAACGACUGGCCUUCACUCGUUGUUGAAACUGGCCUUUCUCAAUCAGAAGCACAACUACGAACUGAUGCACACUGGUGGUUCUCAAAUUCCGGCUACCAAGUCAACAUAGUUAUACUGUUUCAUAUCCAGAGAGCUCCCGGACGCAAAGUCACCUUGAAAGUCUACAACCUCAGACCUACCAUCCCCAGAAUCACGCGUGGACUACAGGCAGAGAUCGAGCGCUCUCUGCUAUCUGACCAUACGACCGCUCAAGCGGUCUCCUCAACAGUGCUACGACCUCACCUAGCGGCCAAAGAAAUCAUUGUUACCUCUGGAAAUGUCGAGAAUGCUCCGCUCGAGCUGGAAUUCGAAUCCGUCAUGCGCCGGCUCCCGACACCUAACACUAACGAGAGAAAUAUUACAUUUACGGCUGAGGAUCUUGCUACGUGCUGCCGCUACGCCUUUCCAACAGCUUGA